CUUACAUAUAGUGCUUUUUAAAGUAUGAAUUGCUUAAUGCUGAAAUUGGAUAAAACCUUAUUUAAAAGAACUUCAUUCAACCCUAUGAAAUUCUUAUUGUAAUAUGGAGUUCUAUCGAUGAUGUCAUAUUAAAUAACUAAAAAAUAUUUCUGUAGAGAUGUAAAAUAGACUUUUCAUGACAUGAAUGAGAAUAUAUAAUUUGUUGUAGAAUAAUAUCAUUGGGGAAUGGAAUUGAUGACUCAUGACAAUAAAGCUAAUUGUUUAGGUGAAUUCUUAGAAAAAUGAGUUGAUUUUGAUUGGAGC